UGAACUCCGGUUUCAAUGUUUUUCUUGGACAGAAAGAUUCUUCUUUGACAUCCUCCUCCUGUCGAAAUCCUUCGAUUCGGGAAGUUUCCAUCUGAUUCUAGGGUUCUUCGGGCGUCAGCUCACGUCUCGUUCGUCCUCUCUUUCUUGAUACGCUUGAAGGUUUGAGACCAGGGGGAGCAGCCGCAGGAGGCGGGCACGCAUCGAAAGGUUGCAACUUUGACAGGUCCGACGCAGAUCCUCCCAACCCAUCAAAGGAAGGAGAUGGCGGCGAAAAUUCUCGCGAACCUGAUCGUGAUGGGCGGUGGUAUCUUAGCUCGAGCUUUCGUUCAGGCGUAUCGUCAAGCCCUUGCCAAUGCCUCAAAAACUGGUGUUGCCCAAGAAACGUUACAGAACACUGUUCGCCGAGCUAGCAAGGCCAUGACAGAGCAAGAAGCUAGGCAGAUUCUUGGUGUGACCGAGGAAACCGCUUGGGAAGAUAUAUUGAAGAAAUAUGAUGUUUUGUUCGAAAAGAAUGCAAAAAACGGGAGUUUUUACAUUCAGUCUAAGGUUCACCGGGCUAAGGAAUGUUUAGAGCCUGUAUAUCAAGGUAAAGGCCAAAGUACCCCAGGUUGAUGGUCCAGAGCUUGGGCAUAAUCUCGUAGUUUGUACUUUCAUGGAGCGUAUCGAUCGGGUGCCUAAAAGGUGGAAUUUGUCGACAUAUUUUGCACUGUAUGUAUUUUGUGUUUUAAGUUCAUCCCUGCCGCUGAAUAAUGUAUUCUCAUUGCUAAUUCAUGUAGCAGCUGGCCGGCAAAGUUACGUUGUCUGAUAAUAAUCAGCAAAGAUAUGAAUGGGUUCUGUACAGAGUAAUGAUAAUGACUUACAAUUUUUUCUAUUUCUCUCUC